AUGUGGAAAAUUUGGAGUACCCUUUUAGGCGUGAGCUAUGCCUCUCAAACCAUUCUCCGCGGGCCAUCAACAUCAGACUUCACGAGCUUCAAAAGCCCGAACUCCCCACACUCAGUACGAAUUCGACAACAAAAUGAUACAAUCUGCGCAACAGGCUCAGCGCAGUAUACAGGCUGGUUGGAUAUUGGGCAUAAACACCUAUUCUUCUGGUAUUUCGACAGCCAGAAUGAGGCCACCAAUGAUCCAUUAACAUUAUGGAUGACCGGUGGACCCGGUGCUUCCAGUAUGCUCGGUCUAUUUCAAGAGAUUGGACCCUGUUUGAUCAAUGACUAUGGAAAUGGAACCGUUUCCAAUCCAUGGGCCUGGAACCGAAACACUUCGUUGCUCUUUGUUGAUCAGCCGGUUGGUGUUGGUUUCUCGUAUAUUGACGAGGGCUACGAUGUCCCGCGCGAUUCAAAAGCUGCGGCUGUUGAUAUGCAUCAUUUCCUUCAAAUAUUCAUCUCGGAGAUAUUCCCCGAAAAACAAUUCUCUGAUUUUCAUCUCUCAGGCGAAUCCUACGCUGGCAAAUACAUUCCCUACCUCGGAGCUGAGAUCAUAACUCAGAAUGAGCGCUAUCCUCGGGAAAUCCAGGUCAAUCUCAAGUCAUGCCUAGUAGGCAACGGCUUCAUGUCUCCCAAGGAUAUCUUCUUCGGAUACUGGGAAACAUUGUGCACUACCAACCCUGGCGUUGAAACACCUGUGUUCAACAACACUCGUUGCGACAUCUUAGCGACUAAUAUGCCUCGGUGUAUGAAUGUAGCUGAUACAUGCAUCCACAAUCCCGAUACUGAUAUCUGCAAUACUGCAAGCUCUGUUUGUAUGAAUGGUGUGGUAAAUUGGUAUGAUAAUGAGAGUGGGAAAGGAGGACGCAAUCGCUUUGAUAUCACAGGAACUUGCGCAAUCGAUGACUUUUGCUAUAAAAGGUCUGAGUAUAUCCAGCAAUAUCUGAAUACACCGGCUGUGUGGGAUGCUCUCUCGCCGCCUGAUGAGAUCAAGGAGUAUAAAUUGUCAUCCGAUGCCAUUGAAAAAUCGUUCCAGGCUACACCGGAGAUGAUGUCAUACUCGUCUGAUGCCGUGCUACUCCUUCUUUCUCGUGGUGUCCAUUUCUUGGCUUAUCAAGGAAACCUCGAUUUGGCUUGCAACACUGCUGGAGUUCUCCGAUGGGCGAAUUCGUUGUCUUGGAGGGGUCAAGUUGAGUUUUCAGCGAAGUCACUGCAGCCUUGGACUACGAAUAUGGGUGGUCGCGAUGAAGUGGUUGGCACGACUAAGGAAGUGCAGGUAUACUUUGAUACUCACUCAAAGACUGCAUCUCGGUUUGCUUUGGUGACUGUUGAUAGGGCAGGACAUCUGCUUCCUCAAGAUCGUCCGGAUGUCGCGUUUGAUAUACUUACGCGGUGGAUUACAGGUGCUUCUUUCGUUAGCUCUUAA